UUUUUUCUCCAUUGGAUGACAAUCCAUGAAAUAAUAAGGGGAUUUUGGUCAUUUCGAACAAGUAUUUAUGCCAUUCUGAUACCCAUUAAGCUGGUCGAGUCAGGAUCAGGUCUUUGUAUGAGAACCAUUCUUGUAUGGUGACUGAUCCGUACUUGGAAUUCACUCAAUCUUUCUCUUUUUACAACAUGCUUUCACAUUUAGUGGAUUCUAAGUGUGGAUCAAACACUGUACGAGAAUGGGUCUCUUAUAAGGAAUUGAUCCAAACUCGAAGCUAAUCAUUGCACGAUGGUGCAUAAAAAUUUUUCCAUAACAAAUUACAAUAAUUAUUAAUUAUCCUUGUUCCAGGGAUUGGCUCGUGGGAUGAAGGCACUGAACAAAGUUUCUGAUGAAUUCUUGGAGAAGAUCAUUGAUGAACACAUACAGGUUGCUAAAGACCACCAAAAUAACUUCAAGGGAGACUUCAUCGAUGUAAUGCUACCAUUAAUGAUGGAAUCCAAAAAUGCAGCAGAGGAUGAACAAUGCUAUAUGAUCGACCGAACCAAUUUUAAAGCAAUCAUUUUAGACAUGCUUGCGGCUGCAAUGGACACAUCUUCUAUCACAGUUGAAUGGUCACUUUUCGAACUGUUAAGGCAUCCAAAGGUGUUGAGGAAGCUCCAAGAAGAGUUGAAUGAUAAAGUAGGCAUAGAUCGGCUAGUUGAAGAGGAGGAUUUAGUGAAGCUGAACUACUUGGACAUGGUGGUGAAGGAAGUCAUGAGGCUUCACCCUGUUGCUCCAUUGCUUCUGCCCCAUGAGUCCAUGAAAGAUACAACAAUCAAUGGAUACCAUAUACCCAAGAAAUCUCGUGUCAUUAUAAAUGUUUGGGCAAUUCAACGAGACCCAACUAUAUGGUCAGAUAAUGCUGAAGAAUUCUUACCUGAAAGGCUCAUCGGCACUGAUAUCAACGUUCGGGGACGUGAUUUCCAACUUAUGCCAUUUGGAUCAGGUUGUAGGGGGUGUCCUGGCCUUCAUUUGGGCUUGGUUGUUGUUAAACUGGUGGUUGCACAACUAGUACACUGCUUUGAUCGGGAGCUACCUAGUGGCAUGUCACCAAGUGACUUGGACAUGACUGAGCAGUUUAGCCUAUCAGUUGGAAGAGCCAACCAUUUACUUGCUAUUCCUACUUAUCGCCUUUUGAGUGGCAACAAGUAAUUAUAAGGAGACUCUAAUUAUAUAUCCAUCCCUACUCACAGCUUGAUUCCAUUGUGAACCUCUGAAGUGAUUCCUUAUUAUUACCUGUUAGUUAGGUUAACCAUUCUCUUCCCCUCCUUUUAUUUAUUUAUUUUUAUUUGUAUGGAGCACGAGUCUCCUUUCAUACCCAUGGUGAAAAGGAAUUUUCUACCUUUUUCUUGGUUGAAUAAGACUCCCAUAGGUAGGAAUGAUUUUGUAUAAUUAGGUGGACCAAAAUAUUUGAUCAUUCAUUUCCUUCACUAUAGGUGAAUACCUUCUUUCACUAUUAUGAAUAAAAAAACACAUGUUGUGUU